GGUUAUAACCUGAAGUGCUUUCUGUGGGCCCCUGGGGCACGAUUGCUGAUAUCACAUGAUACUUAUCAAUGCGAACCGGGAUUACUUCCUGACGUAAGUACGGCGGACGAUACCGAAUACUACGCAGGCUGCUCUAUGUCCACGUGGUGGCUUUCAAGCUGUGCCUGUCUUCGCUACGGCGCAGAGGCCGACUUGGGAGUAUUUUGCGAUUGGUGCAGGGAUCAGAUCAGAAGGAGCGCAACCAAGCUGAGCCUGAACGAGUGCUUUUCGAGAACACACGGUACUUCACUGUCAGGUAUCUUAUCAAGGUUGCGGCCGGGAAGAUGCCAAGUAGAACAUACUGUCACGAUCAGUAUAGUAGAGGGUUAGCUCUGCGUGGGAAGCUUAUCUGCGAAGUCACCAUAAACAUUCU